GGGAGGGGGCGGGCGGCCCGUAUCCGGUUUGGAGCGUGGGCCGCCGGCCGGUCGCCGCCCGCCGCCCCGUCCGCGGACCGCGGCUGCACGGACAGUGCCGUGCUGUGUGCGAGCUGCUGCAGGGGUCGCUGGUCAGUGAGCAUGGGCCGCCCUCCGUCACGGCUGGGACUGGCGCUGGCGGUACUGGUCUGCUGCGGUGCGCUCGGCGCGCGGGCCGCCCCAAACGGCCGUCUGCGGCGGCAGGCCUCCGGCGGGUCAGGAGACAGCGACACCGCCUGUGUGAUGCGCCACAUCGGCGACGGGGAGUUUAAGGAGGAGUGCAGGAGCAUCCGCGCCGAGUGUGACCAGAAACAGUGUCCUGUCGACACCGUCUGCGGCCUGGACCUCGACGAGAACAUCACCUGUUUCGACGCGUCGGUGAAGGAGUUCGAGAACUGCGGCCCCGAGUCGUUCCGCCUGCAGCAGCCGUGCCCCGCGGACGCCGGCAUCCGCGGGUUCGGCAUGGGCUGCACCUUCUGCAAGGGAUACCCGGCCAACGAAUUCUUGGGCGGUCGGGGCUCGUCGGCGCCUCAGGCACGCGGCGGCCUGACGACCGCGGCCGCCGUCAUGAUCAGCUACCUGCUGAUGUGAGCCGCCGAUCAGGCCGCUGCGUCCCCUCAUCGCCUAUGAUCGCUGUACCGCUCUCGCCGCAAUAACAUGUAACCAAAAUAAUACAAAAUGACACGAUUAUCACUAAA